UUCAGGUGUUUGAAUUCAGCUGAGGGUGUUGCUGCCCUGCGGUAGGGAGUGAUCCUUUGGAAUUCGGUGCCGGCUGUCUUGAGAGAGAAGAACGAGGGACCUUCCUGGUCCCAGGGAGUGGUGUGUUCUGCUCCAGGGUGUGCGGAAGCUAAUUUCCAUGUUAAGUGCGGGGCGCGGGAGAAUGGGACAGGUCUGAGGCGCUGAGUGUCGCGGCGGCGAGAAUCGGGAGGAGGAGGAGACCACAAGGAUAGGCCCAGGAGAAAUGGAGUCCAAAGAGGAACAAGCAGUGAAAAACCUCAGCGUGGAAACCGCCGACCAGGAAAACGAAGGAGAGGAGCAGACCCCUGCGCAGAAUGAAGAUGAAGCCCUCCAUUUGGGAGGGAGUGAAGGCCAGAAGCCUGAAGGAAGUGUCAGGCGAGGGCGAGUUAGGCGACUUGUCCCUAACUUUCGAUGGGCCAUACCUAAUAGGAAUAUUGAUCACAGUGAGGUGGGAGAUGAUGUAGAAAGGUUUGUUGGUCAGAUGAUGGAAAUCAAGAGAAAGACAAGGGAACAGCAGAUAAAGCAUUACAUACGCUUCCAAACUCCUGAACCUGACAAUCAUUAUGACUUUUGCCUCAUACCAUGAACCCUAAAGUUUUCCUUGAAGUCAAUAAUGUAGCCAUUGCUUUACAAGCUUGUAUUUUUCUGAUUUUUUUCUGUAAUCUUUGUGUUUCCACUAUAUUUAUUUACCUCAGUCUAAGUUUCUGUCAGCAUAGCAAUUGCAUCUGUUUUGCAAAAAAAUAUUAUUUCUAUAAUUUGAAAUCAAUAAAACAG